AUGCUAGUGGAUAUCCUUGGACUAAACCAACCCGAGCCCAUUGAGGUUGGACCUGCCAUCGUUGACAAGCCUGAACCUAUUUCAAUCGAACCCACUAUCAUCGAUUUCCCCUUGCCCGACGGAGGUGCCGUGACAGAGGCACACCCCGCCCCCAUGAUGCCUGCUUCCGUUGCGCCCUCUGCGGGUGCUCCUCUUGUUCAAAUCAUCCUGAACAUCUAG